AUGAGUAUUGCAACGGAAAUUGUUCAUGCUCAUCCGAUACUGAAUGCAAAUACUAUUGUAAACAAGUGCGCUGAAGACCACUGGUGCGAUGUUGAUCGAGAUUACACAUGCCAAAUGAAAAAAUCAUCCGGUACGAGUUGUGGAUGGCGACAUCAAACAAUAGCCACUAAAACUGACUUAGAAAUUUCACAUGGUGGAACGGUUGGUAUAAUAUCCGCCGUUGUGGGCGUACUUAUAAUUAUUUCCUGCUGUGCGUGUGUCAAAAGCUUCUCAAAAGAAUAUCAUAGACGAUCCCAGCAACUACCACCAGUAGUUCAUUAUGACGGAAACAGGCAAGUUGUUUCUAUAGACACAGUUACAAAUCCGUGUUAUAAUAUGCCCACAUAUACUAACGUUGUUGAAGCACUUCCACCCCGCUACUACUCGGAUCCUCCACCGCCGUACAGUGCUUUGCCGAUUAAUGAUUAA